AUGGUUCCAGGGAUGCGUCUGCCAUUCACCUCCAAGCCGAUGAUGGUGAACAGUGGCGGCGGGUACCCGUACUACGAGCACUAUGGCGGCGCGCCGCUGUUUCCCACCAUGAGCGUCAAUGUGUCCAUGAACAUGACCAUGCAUGGAUGCCCGCCUGACCAGCUUUGCUCUCAGGUCCAAUGGAACCAGAACGCUUCAACGCCGUCAGUCAACGUGGUCUACCCCCAAACACAGAACGUGAUCAGUCCUAACUCCUAUCCUUCCGCCACCUACUCCUUCACUGCGGACUUCAGGUCGCCCAACCAAUCAGAUCCUCUGAUAACCGCCACUUCUACCUUCAAACCUCUAAUACAGAACACCCAGAAACCAAACCAGAACUACUCCAUAUUCCAGCAAAAGCCAAACUUUGGACAGAAAAGCUUAGGGCCUACGUUAAAGAGAUCGCCCUCGAAGAUGUAUAUGCAAGAGAAUCCAAAGGAACAGAACAUGGGGGGAGGGUAUACGAUCCUGAACCAUCAGGGGCAGAUGCAUCCGCAGGAGUAUGGAUAUACGGCUUGUGUGAAUUCAGGGAAAGUCCAGGUAGGAGCUCUCAGCGGUUGUUCCGAAGACGACGAACAGAAGCCGAACUUGUGCCGCAUAUGCGGCAAGACGUACGCCCGGCCGAGCACCCUCAAGACCCAUCUGAGGACCCAUUCGGGCGAGCGCCCGUAUCGGUGCGGGGACUGCAAUAAAAGUUUCUCGCAAGCUGCCAACUUGACGGCCCAUGUGAGGACGCACACUGGACAGAAACCUUUCAGGUGUCCAAUCUGCGACCGACGGUUCAGCCAAAGUUCCAGCGUGACGACGCACAUGAGGACACAUUCGGGAGAACGGCCUUACCAGUGCCGUUCUUGCAAGAAAGCCUUCUCGGACAGUUCCACACUUACGAAGCAUCUCAGGAUACACUCGGGAGAAAAGCCUUAUCAGUGCAAGCUUUGUUUACUAAGGUAA